GAUCGCGCGAUCAAGUGUCUUGGCCGCGGAGUUGGCAACCUGCGAGUCUCACCCUUUUGGCCCAGUCAGUUCUGUUUCGGAUUUGCUAGCGUUACGUCGAGCUUCAAAAAGUGUCUCCGCUGCCGUUGGUGUUCUAGGUGUUCAGAGUCUCCAGUGAAGUGCUCCUACGCUGGUGAUACUUUGUGUGUUCUUGAUACAUAUGUGAUUUUAAAGAUUUGAUAACAUUGGUGAUUUUAAAGAUUUUAAUAAAAUAUCGCGAAAAGUGAAAUCAAUCUUGUGAAAAAAAAUUGAAAUAGUUCAUAUCUAGAAAAGUACAGGGAAAAAGUGGCAUUCUAGGAAAAUCAUGCAAAAGCUGUUCUAAAACUGAACAAGUGACCGCCGAAGAAGAUCAGUGUGUAGCCAUGGAAACGCCAUCAACCAGCUCGUCGGAGGGCCCGAAGCGUCACAGCCUGACCGUGUACAAUGAAAACGAAAGUGAAGUCUCUAAGCUGUCCCGCUCCCGUAGCCCAUCUCCGCAGCUACCCUACAAGGGUCCGAAAAAAGUUUCUUUUUCCAACGAAUUGCCCGGUACAUCCUCGGAUCCGACCUUAACCCAGAAAGGUGAAAGUGUCAAACUGUCCCAUUUCGAUGUGAACCCGUUUGUAUUUUUGCAGCAGAAAAAUGAUUCCUAUUUGAAUGAUUUACAUCAGAGAGGUGAUACUGUAGAUUCCGUUGUGGUGUCCAGUUCGGACGUGUUCCCGAACCAGCGAAAAGUCUCGCUACACGGGGCGGAUGAAAGUGAAACCGUUGACCCUGAACCGAAGCCACCUACGUCGAUCUUGAAACCCAGUGACCCAGUUUCCAGGCAACCGCCAACCGACAACUUUGAUCCCAUUUCCGCUGGAUUGGUGAAUGACAUAAGGGUUCAAAGCAUGAUCGUGAAUGAUUCAAUUUCCGGGAAGAAGCAAAAUUUGGCCGAUAGUGAUAAAAUUGAAAAAAGUGUUGUCGUGGCCAGUGGUCCGGCCGUUAGUGCGAUGGAGCUGGAAGUGAAGCGUGAUAAACGUCGCUGGUUGCUGAUUUCCGAGUUGAGUGCCAUUUUUGGUGAAGAAAAGCACUCCGUCGAUGGGUUCAAGCGAAUUUUCCGAGAACAGACGUUCCUGCAGAACCUGUUUCGGCUGUUUGACAUGGAUAACGAGAGCUGCCUGGCGCAGGAUAAGUGGAUCGAGCAUCUUAAAGGAAGAUUGACGGACGAAAAACAGAUUGAUUUCGCCGAGCAGAUCGAGUCGGUGGCGUACGUGCUUUGCGGCGAGGGAACAGUAAGCUAUGAAAAGUUUUGCCAAAUAUGGCACGCCAAGGGGAUCUUGGACAAGCUGUACCGGCUAAUCGAUGUGGAUUCGACCAACCUCCUAUCAACCAAUCAAAUCAUGGAGUUCAUCUCGAAUCUUACCAACUCAAGGCCACGGACCGGUUUCGAUAAAUCUUCCCUGGAGCGUCUGGAGCAACUCUUCAUCAAAACGGUUGGAAACGAAAAGGAAAUCCGGCGGGAAGAGUUCAAAAAGAUCGUGACAUCCAAAAAUCCUUUCUUCACGGAGCGUGUGUUUCAGAUCUUCGACAAGGACAACUCCGGCUCAAUUUCACUACAAGAGUUUAUCGAUGCCAUUCAUCAGUUUGCCGGCCAGUCUGCAGAGGAUAAAAUUAAAUUUUUAUUCAAAGUAUAUGAUUUAGAUGGUGAUGGACUAAUUCAGCAUCUAGAGCUACAGCACGUGAUGCGAGCAUGUAUGGAGGAAAACGGUAUGCGGUUCUCAGAAGAUCAGAUCGAAGAUUUGACCAUGGCAAUGUUUGAAGACGCCGACAAGUUCAAUCGGGGCGCUAUCACCUACGAGGCACUCAAAAGUCAGCUGGAGAAGCACGGUGGGCUGUUGGAAAAUUUGAGUAUAAGCAUCGACCGGUGGCUGGUUCCACUGCCCCAGGAGGACAGCACCAGGAAGAAGCAAAGAAAGAAACCACUGCCGCAUCAGUUGACGGCGCCUUACAUCAAGAAUAAUUACGUGUAUCUGGCGUUUCUGGCUAUCUUCACCGUGAUCAACGUGGGCCUGUUCAUCUCGCGUGCGAUUCAGUAUCGUAAAAGCAACGGAUUUGUCAUACUGGCGCGAGCGUGCGGUCAAUGUUUGAACUUCAACUGUGCCUUCAUCCUGGUACUGAUGCUACGGCAAAGUAUCACUUUUCUACGGACACGCGGUUUCAGCACCCUUUUACCACUGGACCAGCACAUCUAUCUGCACAAGCUGACUGGAGUGCUGGUGGCCGCCUAUAGCUUACUCCACACCAUCAUGCAUCUGUUCAACUUUACUACGAUUGUCGUGAACGAUCCAGUCGUCAAUGCGAAGAAUUUCACCACGGCAGAAUGGCUAUUCACCGCAAGACCCGGUCUGUUCGGCCUAGUUGGAGGUUGUGCGAAUCCAACCGGAAUCGCACUGGUAUUCAUCCUGCUGGUUAUGUUCAUCUGCUCGCAGCCUUUCGUUCGACGUAGAGGAAGCUUCGAAGUAUUCUACUGGACUCACCUGCUGUACAUUCCCUUCUGGAUACUGGCUCUAUUUCACGGUCCAAAUUUCUGGAAGUGGUUUAUCGUACCCGGAGCCAUCUAUCUAGUGGAGCGAACCGUUAGAUUAGUUUGGAUGCGAACACAGCAUGGCAAGACGUAUAUCUCUUCAGGGCUGCUGUUGCCAUCCAAGGUCACUCAUCUAGUCAUCAAGCGGCCGCUACACUUCUGCUUCCGGCCAGGCGACUAUGUCUUCGUAAACAUUCCUGUUAUUGCCAAGUACGAGUGGCAUCCGUUUACGCUGAGUAGUGCACCUGAACAGGAAGACUACAUCUGGCUGCACAUCCGAGGUGUAGGAGAAUGGACGAACCGACUUCACAGUUUCUUUGAGAGAGAACAAGAACGAUUACACAACGGAGAGAUUCCAGCGGUCAUAGCUGGCUGUUCGACCAGUCCGUGUUCCUCGACCAGUUUGGUCGUACAGGAGAAACCCAAGGAACUACCAAUGAAAUUUUCAACAGGCAUCCCUAAAAGCGCCAGUGUAGACUCUCCGUUGGCCAAAAGUACGGAGAACGCUUUCGACAAACCUCUAAUGAACAAGCGAGCACCUCCCGGGACGUCCAAACUUGCGAUGGAAAGCUACACUGCUCCCAAACCAAAUGCGCCACCCAAAUUCGAUAGACAGAUCUCGGAGAAUAAGGCCAUCAAAAAGAUUCAAGCUACACUACAUAGAACAUUCUCUAGGAAAGAUCAGUUACGGGGCAAUGGAUUUACGAAUGAUGCCUUCACCGGUGACGAUGGACUGGAUGAACCCAAGCGCAAGGUAACUCCAGAGCACAAUCUGCAUAAAUUGCUCUUUCAGCAAAAAGUGCCUCUGGAAAAAUCACUGUCCAUGCCAGACAUUCAAAAUAAGAUGAAAAAGCGAGAACGAAUGAUGGUUUUGCGCGAAUAUAUGCGCUCCGAGUCCGAACGAUCCUUCGACGAAGUCCAGAUCCGCAAAGCCCGUCUACAGUCGCUAGGUUUGGCUUACCUUAGUCCCCAGAACAAAUCCCUAGCUCAAAGUUUCCGUUACAUGCGCAACAAACCAACCAUCAUUGCGUUCAAAACUCCCAGUCUGGAAAACUGUGAACCACGAGAUUCAACCAAUUCCAUGGUCGUAUCUCCGGGAAUAUUUACCCAGAAAGAAGCAGAAGAAGGAAAAAUCCUUCAUCGUAACGGUCCCGCACCAAACGACAAACAAGGUGCUACUGACGAGGAUAAACUACAACGACCGGUGAACUACCCGGUGGGGAAACCGCUAGAAAUCUACAUUGAUGGCCCCUACGGAGCACCCUCGAGUCACAUUUUCCAGGCGCAGCAUGCCAUCCUGAUAGCUACUGGAAUCGGAGUGACACCGUUUGCCUCGAUCCUGCAGUCAAUCAUGCACCGAUACUGGAAGGCACGACACUGCUGUCCACGCUGCAAUUUCGAGUGGUCCAGCGAAAUUCCCCCCACCAUAAUGAACCUUCGGAAGGUGGACUUUUUCUGGAUCAACAGGGAUCAGCGAUCGUUCGAGUGGUUUGUUAAUCUGCUGUCCCAGCUUGAGAUAGAACAAGCCGAACUGGGCGGUGCGAUGGAACGGUUUCUGGAGAUGCACAUGUACAUCACCAGUGCACUACAGAAGACGGACAUGAAGGCGGUCGGGCUGCAGCUGGCGCUGGAUUUGCUGCACCAGAAGGAAAAACGUGACCUCAUCACUGGUCUCAAAACGCGUACCAACGCCGGCCGGCCGAACUGGGACAAGGUGUUCAAACAAAUACAAGACCAGAAAAAGGGCAAAGUAAUCGUAUUCUACUGCGGACCACCCCAGCUGGCUAAAACACUGCGCUACAAGUGCGACCAGUUUGGCUUCCAAUUUCGCAAAGAAGUUUUCUAGAUGCCUAAGCACAGGCGUUAUCGUCAUCUUGAUAUUCACCGUUUGAUCAUAAAAUGUUAUACUAUUCCUGAUUCACCAACUGUAAAUUACUGACUUUAUACUAGCUGACCUAAUCACUGUGUAUGUAAUGUAAUAAAGCGAUUUAAUUUAUUGAUCCUCCCGUAGUUUCAAGUAUCCGUUCUUUCAAAGUAAAUAGAUAUUAUUCAAAUACCUGU